AAACAACCUGAAAUAUUCCCGAAAUGCCGGAAACGAUUCGACCGAAAAAACCGUUUGGCUCCCGAUCUACGCGAUUUCGCGAGGAUCGAGCGGAUCACGAGUCCGCGAUCCACCCUUCCGACACACCCUGGACACGGUGCAACGAGGGUAAAGAGGCACGUUUGAGGAGAGAAAGUAUAAAUGACAACGGACACGAUGUCUGUCCCUUAGUCGUCACGAGCCGCACGCACGAUGCAUUACACGUUGCACAUGCUGUUCCACUGCGUCGUGCUCUGGUGCGCAAUCAGCGGCGGCAGAACAGCGCGAAGCGCGAUCAGCCCCGAGAUCUUGGUGAACUUCGCUAAGAACGUGGCCUCGGCGAUAUCGCCGGCGAUAUUAGGCGACGAACAACAGCGCAGCAACCAGUCGUCCUUCCGAUCCAUCCUGGCGAUACCCAUCCGCUUCAACGGCGAUGAGUUGGAAUCACCUUCGACCUUGGACAACGUAGUCGACAAGACGACCAAUUCAGCCAAUUAUUACGAGCCACGCACGAACCCUUAUCCCUACAACGGCCUCUACGAGAAUCCUGCGACAAAAGUGGAAGAAUCACGAGGGAGCGGAGGACUCGAGCAAUCCUUGCCGAACGAAGAAUCCUACCUGCGCCAAGGACGGCCGAGUUUCUACAAUCAGCCUUACAACUUCCCUCCGAGUGACAACCUCAGGGCGGCCGAGAAAUCGGCCGUCGACGGCCGAUUUACGACGAGCGACGUCGAGUCGCCGAUCGGCAACAUCGAGCAAUCGUCCACCAAUCAGUACUCCUCCUAUGCGGGUGGCUUUCACAAAGGUCCCUUCGGUCUCUAUCUAGGCGGGAAUUCAGAAGAGAACGCGCGGGUCGAAAACAACGGCACGCACAAUCGUGGUUACGGGCCCUAUUUCGGCCACCACGACCAUGGGCAUCACUAUGGAUCCUAUGGUGGCUCGCCGUUCCCUUACGGCGGGUAUCACGGCUACGGGCCUCACGGGCACCAUCACAGAAACGGGAACGACACCGACGGGCACGGACGGAAUGGACAGUACGGGUAUCAUGGGCCUCAUCAUCACGACGGGCCUGACUUUUAUGGGCCUCCCGGCUAUGGUUAUGGACACCACGGUUAUGGGCACCACGGUAACGGCAAUAGGAAUGGCAACGGCAAUGGUAAUAACAGGCAGACGGAGGAGCCGGCCAAUGGCAACGGCGACAGGAAUAACUCGACAAAAAACGGCUACCCGCACCCUUAUGGGCCCCCUUUGAAGCCCCUAUUCCCCCUCCACACUUUCCCGCCCCCGUUCAACAUUCUGCCGUACGACCACUUCCACUUCAAGGGCGGACCUGUGGCCGGGGUUGGCCACGUUGGCUAUCCUCUAUUUGCCGAUCCUUAUCUGAUUGGCUUACCCUUCCACUUCCCUUACGGACCUUUCUUUCACGGUAAGAAGUACCUACCGCCGAAGGGCAAGCCGGUCGACUCCGGCGAGUCCGGCGAGUCCGGCGAGUCCGGUGAGCAUCCGGAGUCGCCCGGAGAACUCACGGACGACGGCGAGAAUCCCGAGCGAAUAACGGCGAUCAAUCAAGAGGAAGUGGCGCCGGCUCCUACCUCGAAUCGAUACAAGACGUCAGACCAGAAGAGUCUCAAACGGAUCGGCCUGGUCAGCUUGGAGAAUCGGAAAAUCUGAAGACACCAACGUUAAAAAUACAACCACGUUUAUUAACUUUCCAAUCUGAUAUUCGGUGAAACUGACAAUUGCAAGCGACAUAAAGAAAACCGCAGUGCAUAGCGAAUCAAAAUCGCGGGAAAAAGCUUCAUUCUAUUUUUCGGAUAAGAAUGGGCUACCCCCAAGUAGCGUCGUAAUAGGAAUAAUCUAUUUUGGGACAUCUUUGGGUAUUCUAAUCAGAAUCAAUGCUGUAUCUAGAAAAAUCAUGAGAAAUUUCUACGCAGGUAGACGUAAUAAUGCGUAUAUACGAAGUACAUGCGGUAUGAGAAUCUCGAAGCAAUCCUUGUGUCUUUCUGAGCGGAUUCCCGAGUAACACCCCCUCCUUUAUUUGUAAGACGGAAAGUUAAAUAACGAUACAAGGAAUGCGCCUAAGUGUAAUUUUAAUUUUAAGCGUGGUCCUUUCGAGUUCAGCUGAGAAGUGCGAGAGGGAAGAGUCGCGGGCUGAAUAUAAGACGGGAACAUCACACCAUGAUUUUCUGCGAGUUUCCUCCGGCUAGCGAAAUAACGUGAUUUAAGCGCUGAUUGUUG